AUGGGGAAGAACUGUCUUCCUGUAUAUUUUAGAGGGGAAUGCAAUAUUGGCAACGGGUCUACAUGCAACUGUGAUAUUAUUAUGUUGGGUUACAAAGAGAAAUGUGACGAAGCGAAGAAUGGGAAAUUGGAACAUGUAGAGUACAUCCACCGAUAUGGCACAACUUGGAACUCAGGCAGGAACUACCUUUACGAGCACGCCAUGAAGAGAAAAACCGCGUACCUCUACUACAUAUUUGUAGACGAGGACGCAUCUAUGCGGCCAAAUGUCGAUAGCAACGUCAAUGUAACCUCUCUUGGCUUAUGGCGAUCCUUUGAGAAUUUUCUAGUGGAAUACGAACCCGCAGUAGGAAUUACAGCGUAUUGCCAUGGUAAGUCGAACCGAUGUAAAUGGCAAAGAAAUAAACCUGGCGGGAACGGUGUCUAUGUUCUCUCAGGAUGGCUUUUUGAUGCAUGUUUCAAUGCAUUUCAUCACGACGCCCUGCCGUAUCUGCUGCCGUAUAAUCUUAAGAAUGAAAACAAAAGUUGGAUUUAUAGUCAGCAUUAUGUCGCAACGCUAGCCAAACAUUAUUUCUCGGGCUCUGUCCUCAUUUACGGCAACGUGAACAUUGUGAACGGUGGACACAGAGAGUACCCUCGAACUUCCGACCCGGAGCGUUUUAAGGAGCAAGAUCUCGUCAUCAGCAAAUAUGUGGAUUUGAUUACAAAGUCUCGAAAGAAGCCAGAAUGGAAAAAUCGUAUAAAUGUUUCAGAGACAAUGGACAAGCAUUUUUGCAAGUGUUAUAAACGAAUCACGUAAGCACAAAGUAUUGGCCAGAUUAAGUGCAACGGGAGCCGAUGGUCUUCCAGCAUGGUUACUUAAACGAUUCUCUAGCGUUCUAGCGCCGAUUGUUCAUGACAUCAUUACGGCUAGCAUUAAACAGUGUAAGUAUCCAAGUCAUUACAAACAUGGCCUGGUCACACCUGUGCCUAAAGCAUACCCACCAACUGACAUUAGUGACGAUUUUAGACAAAUCUCUGUUUUGCCACAUAUUGGGAAAAUUCUAGAGAGAGUACAACUACAACUCAAUCAAAAUGACAUCACAUUACGUUCCAGUCAACAUGGUUUUACUAGUGGCCGCUCUACUACAUCGGCUCUGAUAUCCAUCACACAGCCAUGGUUUAAUGCUACUGACAAUACCUGCCGUGACAAAGCAGGCAUCCAUGCCCUCUUUAUCGACUUUAAAAAAACCUUUGAUCUAGUUGAUCAUGGGAUCCUGUUGAAUAAACUUGCAUUGAUGAAUGUUAAUAAAAGCUUCUGGUUGUGGGUCAAAAGCUUCUUAUGUGGUAGAACUCAGCAGGUCAAGAUAAAUCAAACACUUUCAUCGAUCGAGGGUUGCCCAGCUGGAGUACCGCAAGGAUCUGCUCUUUCGCCGACUUUAUUUAAUAUCCACAUUGACAACUUAGAUACGAGUGUUCCUGAAGAUCUUGAGGUGAGCACAUAUAAAUAUGCCGAUGACUGCACACAAAGCGAAUGCAUCAUGAAGGGAGAGUGUAGCAACAUGCAGAAAGUCUUAGACUCCGUUCAGAACUGGUCAAACGCUAAUAAAAUGAAGUUGAACGCAAAGAAAACGAAAGAUAUGUGGAUUUGCUUUGGGAAAUCUAUCCCACAGCCUCCCAAUCUUUAUAUCGGGGAUGUUAUGAUCGAAAGAGUUAAUACAUUCAAGUUACUUGGUGCUAGCUGUCAAAGUAACAUGAAAUGGAAUUCUCACAUUAAAGAAAUUACCCGUAAGGGAAACAGGAGACUGUGUCAUCUAAGGCAGUGCAGGAAGGCACACCUUCCUACUGAAGUAGGAUUGGCAACUUACUGCACCAAAAUUCGUCCACUGCUUGAAUAUGCCGCGCCAGUCUGGGGUGGCCUACCUCACUAUUUAGUGAACGACCUUGAACGUAUUCAAAGGAGAAGCUUACGUAUUAUUGGUUUACCGGUCGAUACACUUCCCCCGCUUAGUGAGAGAAGAGAUAAGCUAACUCUUCGAAAAAUGGAGGCAAUUACUCAGGACGUAAACCAUCCCUGUCACCACCUUGUCCCUAUCGCACAUGCAGAAGCACGACUAUUCCACUAG